AUGGGCGAAUCCAUUCUUUCCACGGUCAGGAACGCCGCCAAAUUCGCCGUGUACGAAGAUAUCAUUAUGAGCGUGAAAAACCACCACAUUCCUGCAACCAUUCUCGUGGAAACUGCCCUGCAAAGGAAACAAAGAUUAUCGAAAGUUCAGAAAUUUUUAGAAUUUUUAGAAUUUUUAGAAUUUUUAGAAUUUUUAGAAUUUUUAGAAUUUUUAGAAUUUUUAGAAUUUUUAGAAUUUUUAGAAUUUUUAGAAUUUUUAGAAUUUUUAGAAUUUUUAGAAUUUUUAGAAUUUUUAGAAUUUUUAGAAUUUUUAGAAUUUUUAGAAUUUUUAGAAUUUUUAGAAUUUUUAGAAUUUUUAGAAUUUUUAGAAUUUUUAGAAUUUUUAGAAUUUUUAGAAUUUUUAGAAUUUUUAGAAUUUUUAGAAUUUUUAGAAUUUUUAGAAUUUUUAGAAUUUUUAGAAUUUUUAGAAUUUUUAGAAUUUUUAGAAUUUUUAGAAUUUUUAGAAUUUUUAGAAUUUUUAGAAUUUUUAGAAUUUUUAGAAUUUUUAGAAUUUUUAGAAUUUUUAGAAUUUUUAGAAUUUUUAGAAUUUUUAGAAUUUUUAGAAUUUUUAGAAUUUUUAGAAUUUUUAGAAUUUUUAGAAUUUUUAGAAUUUUUAGAAUUUUUAGAAUUUUUAGAAUUUUUAGAAUUUUUAGAAUUUUUAGAAUUUUUAGAAUUUUUAGAAUUUUUAGAAUUUUUAGAAUUUUUAGAAUUUUUAGAAUUUUUAGAAUUUUUAGAAUUUUUAGAAUUUUUAGAAUUUUUAGAAUUUUUAGAAUUUUUAGAAUUUUUAGAAUUUUUAGAAUUUUUAGAAUUUUUAGAAUUUUUAGAAUUUUUAGAAUUUUUAGAAUUUUUAGAAUUUUUAGAAUUUUUAGAAUUUUUAGAAUUUUUAGAAUUUUUAGAAUUUUUAGAAUUUUUAGAAUUUUUAGAAUUUUUAGAAUUUUUAGAAUUUUUAGAAUUUUUAGAAUUUUUAGAAUUUUUAGAAUUUUUAGAAUUUUUAGAAUUUUUAGAAUUUUUAGAAUUUUUAGAAUUUUUAGAAUUUUUAGAAUUUUUAGAAUUUUUAGAAUUUUUAGAAUUUUUAGAAUUUUUAGAAUUUUUAGAAUUUUUAGAAUUUUUAGAAUUUUUAGAAUUUUUAGAAUUUUUAGAAUUUUUAGAAUUUUUAGAAUUUUUAGAAUUUUUAGAAUUUUUAGAAUUUUUAGAAUUUUUAGAAUUUUUAGAAUUUUUAGAAUUUUUAGAAUUUUUAGAAUUUUUAGAAUUUUUAGAAUUUUUAGAAUUUUUAGAAUUUUUAGAAUUUUUAGAAUUUUUAGAAUUUUUAGAAUUUUUAGAAUUUUUAGAAUUUUUAGAAUUUUUAGAAUUUUUAGAAUUUUUAGAAUUUUUAGAAUUUUUAGAAUUUUUAGAAUUUUUAGAAUUUUUAGAAUUUUUAGAAUUUUUAGAAUUUUUAGAAUUUUUAGAAUUUUUAGAAUUUUUAGAAUUUUUAGAAUUUUUAGAAUUUUUAGAAUUUUUAGAAUUUUUAGAAUUUUUAGAAUUUUUAGAAUUUUUAGAAUUUUUAGAAUUUUUAGAAUUUUUAGAAUUUUUAGAAUUUUUAGAAUUUUUAGAAUUUUUAGAAUUUUUAGAAUUUUUAGAAUUUUUAGAAUUUUUAGAAUUUUUAGAAUUUUUAGAAUUUUUAGAAUUUUUAGAAUUUUUAGAAUUUUUAGAAUUUUUAGAAUUUUUAGAAUUUUUAGAAUUUUUAGAGUUUUUAGAGUUUUUAGAGUUUUUAGAGUUUUUAGAGUUUUUAGAGUUUUUAGAGUUUUUAGAGUUUUUAGAGUUUUUAGAAAACUUACGGAGCGUUACAGAAAUUCAAAGAGCAUUUCACAGACUUUUCAAUGCUAGAAAUUCUCUAUCGAAAAUGACUAAACGAAAUAAUUACACGUUUUCGAAUGCGUAUAGUCAUUUAGCAAGGGAGAAUUUUAUGCAUUGA